AAGGAGAUGGGGGAGGCUGGGUGGUCUGGGGGCUGUGAGGCUGCUUCGACUACAAUAGGCUGCUGACUCAGGAAACCAGCUAGUGACGGUCCUUAGUACUCUUGCUCUAUUUGAAUGUCCAAAUUGUGGGUUGGAUUGAGUUUCCCUUGUGCCAGCCUAUGUCUGGAGAACGACAGACAUAGGCUAGUCCCAAAAGCGCAGCAUCUGUCUGUCUGUAUGUCUGUCUGUCUGUCUGUCUGUGGACCAAGUCCCCGACACCUCUGGGUGCUUCCCUCUGUAGUCACACUGACGAUCACAAGGCACGGCGCCGUAGCUUACGCUUCAGUGAGUUUGUGGGUGAAGCAAAUCCAUGGAAGAUCGAGUGUUAAGGGAGAGUGUGACCUGGAGGCGGGGCACUGCUCCCCCGGCCUUGACAAGCCAAUUGGAUGGACUCCCGCGGGUCAGGAGGUCCCUCACCUGGAUUGGCUGGCGCCAUGGUGAUGCAUCGGGCGUCAGUAUUAAAGAGUUGACUGGUGAGGCUGAUGACAGCUGAGACUGAGAGCGAGCCAGAGAGAGAGAGAGGAAAAUAAAAAAAAUCCAUCGGAGAGGUAGUGUGUGUGUGUGUGUGUGUGUAGGAGAGAGACAGAGAGACAGAACCCCAUUUACCAGGCUAAGCCCAUGUGCCAGAUAGCACCAUCCUCUCUUUGUACGGGGGAGCGCCCACCCCUCCUCCACGUGCGCGCCUCUCCUCCCCCCUCCCCCCUCCUCCUCCCUCUGAAAGUAGUGGAGGGAAGAAGGAAGGAGGGUCUGUGCUUGGCAGAGUACUGAGGAAGCGGAGGAAGGGCCAGCACGGACAGAGAAGCCCCUCCAGAGCGAGCAGCCCACGCCACAGCGCCACCCUGCCCCAAGACAUGGCCCUUUUUCUGGACAGCUCCCAGAGCACGGGGGCCUAUUACUGCCUCGUCCGCACCAGGUUCAAAAGGAGGCGCAAAAAACGCUCCGAACGCAAAGGUGCCGUCGUCAAAGCAAUGACAGAAGGUCGAGCUGGCUUGCGGCAGCCCCGUAACCAGCCCAGGUUCCACACCAUGACGGGGGACGAGGAGGAGAGCAUGAGUUCAUGCAGCACUGAUGUUAAGGAAAAUCGCAACCUGGACAACGUGUCCUCCAAAGAGGGGGCAGGUGAGGCAGCACAGAUCCCCAAUGGGAGUGCUGGGGGAGGCAGGAAACGGCCCCUAGAGGAGGGCAAUAAUGGGCACGCUCACUCCAAGUACAGGCCCAAGAAGCGUAAGAAAACGCCUGGGCCCAUUCUCCCCAAGAAUGCCCUGAUGCAGCUGAAUGAGAUCAAGCCGGGCUUGCAGUACAAGCUGCUCUCCCAGACGGGGCCCGUUCACGCGCCCGUCUUUGUCAUGAAUGUGGAGGUCAACGGGCAGCAGUUCGAGGGCUCAGGACCCACCAAGAAGAAGGCCAAGCUGAACGCUGCCGAGAAAGCCCUGCGCUCCUUCGUCCAGUUCCCCAACGCCUCGGAGGCGCACAUGGCCAUGGGGCGGACGCUGACGGUCAACACCGAUUUCACCUCCGACCAGGCCGACUUCCCAGACAUGCUGUUCAAUGGGUUUGAGACGUCGGCCCCGCCGGAGGACUCCUUCUACCUGGGCUCCAACGGCAACGGGUCCCUGAACCCCCUGGGACUGGAGUACCCUGCCCUGCUAGGCGCCCCCAGCUCCAACGGCCUGGCCCAGUCCCCGCUCCCCGUCCCCUCUGCCCUCACCUGCCCCUCUAGCGGCAAGAACCCAGUCAUGAUCCUCAACGAGCUACGCCCGGGCCUCAAGUACGACUUUGUGUCUGAGAGCGGGGAGAGUCACGCCAAGAACUUUGUCAUGUCCGUGACGGUAGACACGCAGAGCUUCCAAGGUUCGGGCCGCAAUAAGAAGCUGGCCAAGGCACGAGCCGCCCAGGCCGCUCUCUCUGCUCUCUUUAACAUGCAGCUGGACCAGACGCCGUCCCGCCAGCCCAUCCCCAGAGAGGGCCUCCAGCUGCACCUGCCGCAGGUCCUGGCAGACGCCGUCUCCCGUCUGGUGGUUGACAAGUUCAGCGAGCUGACGGAGAACUUCACGUCUCCGCACGCUCGGCGGAAAGUCCUGGCCGGUGUCGUUAUGACAACAGGCACUGACGUCAAGGAAGCCCAGGUGAUCUGCGUCUCCACGGGGACAAAGUGUAUAAACGGCGAGUACAUGAGCGACCGCGGCCUGGCGCUCAACGAUUGCCACGCUGAGAUCAUCGCUCGCCGCUCUCUCAUUAGGUACCUGUACACACAGCUGGAGCACUUCCUCAGCAGCAGAGAGGAGCACCAGAAGUCCAUCUUUGCCAGAUGUGACAAACAUGGCUUCCGGCUGAAGGAGAAUGUCCAGUUCCACCUCUACAUCAGCACGUCGCCAUGCGGAGACGCCCGCAUCUUCUCACCUCACGAGGCAGGAGUGGAGGAUCAAGGAGACCGACACCCCAACAGGAAAGCUCGCGGUCAACUGCGGACCAAGAUCGAGUCUGGGGAGGGGACCAUCCCAGUGAGAUCCAGCAACACCAUCCAGACCUGGGACGGGGUUCUGCAGGGCGAGCGGCUGCUCACCAUGUCCUGUAGCGACAAGAUAUCCAGGUGGAACGUGGUUGGCAUCCAGGGCUCCCUGAUGAGCUUCUUCACAGAGCCCAUCUACUUCUCCAGCAUCAUCCUGGGCAGUCUGUACCACGCCGACCACUUGUCCCGCGCCAUGUACCAGAGGAUUGCCGACAUUGAGGACCUCCCACUGCCUUUCAGCCUGAACCGUCCACUCCUCAGCGGCAUAAGCAAUGCAGAAGCACGACAGCCAGGGAAAGCUCCGAAUUUCAGUGUGAACUGGACUGUGGGGGACCAGGCCCUGGAGGUGAUCAACGCCACCACUGGGAAGGAUGAUCUGGGACGACCAUCCAGGCUGUGCAAGUACGCCUUGUUCAACCGCUGGGUCCGCCUUCACUGCAAGCUCUCAAAUACCCUGAGAAUUAAAAUGGCCAAACCAGGGUCAUACCACGAAGCCAAACAAGCUGCAUUGGAGUACCACGCUGCCAAGCAAGCUCUCAUCAAGGCCUUCCACAAAGCAGGGCUGGGUGCCUGGGUGAAAAAGCCCAUCGAACAGGAUCAGUUCUCUCCUGAGUAGCUUGUGUUGUUGGAAAUGGCGAAAAGAUGGGCAUAGAAAACGAACAGCUGUUUGCACCAUGCAUUCUCUGUAGUCCAUCCCUGUAGGGUGUCUGUCUCUCUGUCUCUCUGUCUCUCUCUGUCUCUCUCUGUCUGUCUGUCUCUCUGUCUCUCUGUCUCUCUGUCUCUCUGUCUCUCUCUGUCUGUCUCUGAUGUGGUGAGUUCAUUGAUUGAAACUUGCCUAGACACUGCAUAUUUAGUAAGUACACCUUCAAACAUACCUCUCCAAAAUAUUCAUAACACGUUAAUUUUGAAAUGUCUUGCCUUGCACUUUUAAGGCAAUGUAUUCAAUUUGCCAUUGGGAUUUUGUACUGUGAAUUUUACAGCAUUGCACUGAUUAGCACUUGUAAAAAUGUGAGACGAUUGAAAUUGUCCUCACCACAGAAACUCUAUUCAAGGCUUUGUUUCUGAAUCGUGAUAUUCCUUUGCUUCUAUUCCAUGGCAUGGAAUGAUAAAAGAAAGGGUGUUCGUAUACCCUGUUCACUUCCGUCAAUAUUUCACUUGGCCAUUUUCCCUACUAUCUUUCUGAACCACUACAGAAGAAAGAGAUGGAGAAUUCGAUUUGUUGACAUCAUUGCUAAUGUAAUCAAGCCUAAUAAGGUUAAUUCACUCCUCAGUAGAAGUGCAUCUCUCCACCAAAAAGAGUUUCCAGAAUCCACCAUGGUUCCUUCUGUACAUAAGGGAAGAGGUGCAUACUGUAAUGUCUUUGUGAUUCUUAACUUAAGCUCACCAAAGAUGAUGUCAGCAUAAAGUUAUAUUUCGUUUUUGUAAUGUAAUGUUUAUUUAUAAAUGUCAUCUAUGUUUUUUAUUUAUUUUAAUUACCCAAGUUUACUUUCACCCCCUUUGCCUCCUGCCUUUUUAAAGUGUUACAGGUAUUUGUGUAUGUAGAUAUAGUGUAAAUAAAAGGAACUAUUGUGUUGUUUUGAAGUAUGCCCAAAACAUGCAAAUUAUUUGUUUCUUACUCUUGAAAACGAUUGUGCUGUUUUAUUUCCUUGCUGUUUGAAUCUGAUUCUAUUAUGCCAAGCAAUCUCAAUGUUUAAUGUUCGUUCUUUCCUAACACUUUGUUUGAACAAUUUAUCCUAUUUCUCCUUGUGUAGUAAUGUUUCUUUUCUUCUUACUCGGUGAGAAUCUACUUGACCUCAGUCUGAUUUCUAUAACAUGUUGAUGAACAUUUUUUUCCACUCAGUCUGAGGAAUCCUUUAAAAAUGUUUGAAUGUCUGCUUAUUCUCUUAUUCUGAAGAUAUGUGAAAACGCAUGUUGACUUGACAUGCACUGCAGUAGAUCUCUGGUUGUUGGUAACACUCAAAUGUUUGAAUACUGUCAUAUGUGACAGGCGAUUCUCGAAAGGGGACCAAACCAUUUGAAAGCACUAUAUUAGAAUGUGGGAUGUUCUAUUUAUGCAUUCUCUGACCACAGUCGGGAGGGCUGACCACUCCUCUGCAGUUCUGUAUGGGUUCAUGCACUUUGCAUGUUGGCCCUAUUCCAUCAAUAAUGUGCGGCUAAUGCAUGAGCUCUCUCUUUCUUUCUCUUCUCUCUAAAGCAUGGAAAAAGACAUUUCAAACCAGAUGAAAAAGCACUAUACUGUAUUAAAAUGAGGAAAGAUCUAGAAAUGGGGGUAUAAAUAAAUGAUAACAUAGU